AGCCUGUAGCAUCGUCACGGGGUAGUGCCGCGGCAAUGCAUGGGGUACUCGUAUCAGGGAGAAAGAGAUGCCAAGAAUAAUGGGGGGCCUGCAUAUAAUUGUCGGCUCCAGCGUUACUGGACUCGCUUCCCCCGACGCGGGAAAUGACCACUGGGUCGAAUGUCGACUGUGACAUCUUCACCAAAAGGCAUACGAUAAUACUCUGAAACAUGAACCCGGCGAUCUGGACCAGAGGUUCGAAUAUUCGCCAAUAUUCCUAGUCGUCUCAGCACCAUACUUGCUAUCUGACAACCAUGGCGUCCCCCGUGCUUCUGGCCAGUGCUCUUCUCACAGCUAGUUUCUUGCUGUAUGCCUACAUGUUCGUAGGUAGACGAGGUCACAAUUUCCCAGAUGGACCGCCAACAUUACCUAUCAUAGGUAAUUUGCAUCAACUUCCCAAGCAGAAGCUCUAUCUUCAGUUCACCGAAUGGGCAAAGAAGUAUGGUGGCUUGUACACUAUCAAGCUCGGACCUGGUACCGUGGCGGUCCUCACAGACCGACGGAUCAUCAAACAGCUUUUGGAGAAGAAGAGCGCGACGUCCAGUAACCGUCCACCAAACGAAGUGGGCCGUAUUAUCGGCGAAGGCGAUCAUGUACUUCUCAUGAACAACACGCCAGUUUGGCGAGUGAUGAGAAAAGUAAUUCAUCAAGACUUCACGGAAACCCUGUGCGACAAAGAGCACACCAAGAUUCAGCAGGCCGAGAUGGUCCAAUUGCUCCACGACAUGCUCGACACCCCCGACAGUUGGGCGAGUCACCUCAAGAGGACCACGAAUAGUAUUGUCAUGAGUGUCGUCUAUGGUAUUCGCUCUCCGUCGACUGAGGCACCUCACAUGGAAAGCCUCGAGGCGCUGCUCCAGAAAUGGGCUCGAAUCCAGGAGUUCGGCGCCACUCCUCCCGUCGACAUAUUCCCCUUUCUGAAAGCGAUCCCAGAACGCUUCCUCGGCAAGUGGGUGACCCGCGCCACUGUUGUCCACGACGAGAUGCAUAAGCUCUACACUGGUCUCCUAAACUCCGUCCUGAAAAGGCGCCAGGCCAUUGGAUCUCAGUUCACCGUUCUGGAUCGGCUGUUGGAUAACCAGGAGAAAAGUGGCCUAACUACCCACCAAAUUACAUUGCUUUCGGGCGUCACGAUCAAAGGGGGGUCCGAUACCUCGGCAUCGGUUCUCACAUCGUUUGUUCAAGCCAUGGUUGUGUACCCGGAAGUGCAAAAGAAGGCACAAGCCGAGAUCGAUGCCGUGCUGGGCGAGGACAAGGUACCCGAGUGGUCUGACUACGACAAGUUACCCUACGUGGCGCAGAUUGUCAAGGAAUCCCAUCGAUGGCGACCUGUCGCCCCCCUGUCCGUACCGCAUGCUCUUUCUGAAGAUGAAUGGAUCGACGGUAAAUUCCUGCCAAAAGGCACAAUAUGCUUCAUCAAUGUCUGGGGCUUGCACCACGACGAGUCCAAGUUCCCCAACCAUGAAGUCUUCGAUCCCGACCACUACAAAGGCCGCACACUGCUCGCUGCCGAGUACGCCAAUUCCGCCGACUAUGAGAAUCGCGAUCAUUAUGGUUAUGGCCACGGUCGCCGUCUGUGCCCAGGCAUCCAUUUAGCAGACCGAAACCUUUUCCACGCUAUCUCCAAGAUCCUGUGGGCUUUUAAACUCGAGAAAGCGACCGAUCCGGCGACCGGGAAACCCAUUGAGCCGGAUACCGACGUCGUCACUGGAUACAGGGAGGGUUUGACGGCUUGUGCAUACGACUUCCCUGUCAAACUUACUGUGCGAUCAGAGGCGAGACGUGACGCUAUUGAGAGGGAGUACAAAGAGGCUUGCGCCAAUUUCUUUGCGCAAUAUGAAAAGGCGGACUUCUUCAGCUAGAGAUACCUCCGGCCAUUGUCCUGGCAAUAGGCAGUAAUACCGCUUCGGUG